UAAGCUCCGAUCAGUUAAGGGGCAGAGAGCCUCCCCUCUCUACUGCUCUAUAAAAGAGACCCAAGGAAAGGGACCCUGGCAGCCUCGAGCUCUCAGCGUGGGUGAAGGUGUGGGGAGAUAUGCCUAAGAUCUCCGCAGCAGAGCGCACCAGCUGCAGAGACAAGGCCAGCAUGUCUCGGAACUUCAAACUCCAGUGUCACUUCAUUCUGAUCCUGCUGACAGCUCUAAGGGGAGAGAGCCGCUACCUAGAGGUGCAAGAAGCUGCGGACUAUGACCCUUUCUUGCUCUUCGGCGCCAAUCUGAAGCGGGACCUGGCCGGGGAGCAGCCGUAUCGCCGGGCUCUACGAUGCCUGGACAUGCUGAGCCUCCCCGGACAGUUCACCUUCACCGCCGACCGACCGCAGCUACACUGCGCUGUCUUCUUCAUUGGGGAACCUGAGGAGUUCAUAACCAUCCACUACGACCUGGUCUCCAUCGACUGCCAGGGUGGGGACUUCCUGAAGGUAUUUGACGGCUGGAUCCUCAAGGGGGAGAAAUUCCCAAGCUCUCAGGAUCACCCUCUACCCACCAUGAAGCGGUACACAGAUUUCUGUGAAAGUGGUCUAACCCGAAGGAGCGUCAGAUCAUCCCAGAACGUGGCCAUGGUGUUCUUCAGGAUCCAUGAGCCAGGGAAUGGAUUCACAUUAACCACCAAGACCAACCCCAACCUCUUCCCUUGCAAUGUCAUCUCCCAGACCCCGAGUGGAAGGUUUACUCUGGUGGUCCCACACCAGCAGAAAAAUUGCAGCUUCUCUAUCAUCUACCCUGUGGCAAUCAGAAUCUCUGAUCUCGCUCUGGGACACUGGCAUGGUCUUCAGUUAAAGAAACCUGCAGCCAGCUGUGGCGGGACUGACGACUUCGUGGAGCUGCUGGGAGGACCUGGACUGGACCCCUCCAAGAUGAUGCCUUUAGCGGACCUGUGCUCCCCUUUUCACGGCCCUGCCCAAAUGAAAAUCAGCUGUGACAACGCUGUGGUACGCAUGGUCUCCAGUGGGAAACACAUCAACCGCGUGACAUUCGAGUAUCGUCAGCUGGAACCCUUUGAGCUAGAAACCAACGGAAACAGCAUCCCGGAAUUCUGUUUGUCUAGUCUUUGAAUAACUGGCUCAGUAAUUGGCACGCUGCUAGCUGAGUGAGGUCUUGAUAGUGAUUGUAUAUGAUCUUGACGGGCAGCGGGCGAGAAGUUUCUCAUGACAGUCAAUAUUCCAAGCCUUGCACACGUCCAUACAUGACUUCCAGUUUUACUUCCUUUUGUCGUAUCAAUGAACAGAAGGGAGACAACAGGUUAGAGAUAAAAUGCUUCGUGGUUUGGUGGGCUGCAUCCGUGAACUGGUGAAGCAAGAGUCAAGCAAGUGAGGAAAACAGUUGUCUGGCAAGGGCAGCUGCCGCAAGGAGAGGAAAUCACAGUCUCAUGACAGAAUUAAAAAAAAAAAAUGUCAAAGUCUUGGGUAUACCAAAGGAAUUGUAUCUGUUAUUUUUACUUCAUUCUUCUGUUUACAAAUUAUAGCAUGAGAGCAAAAAGCCCUUUCCAUUCAUAAAUCUAAAUGUGAAUAAAUAAAGCAGAGUGUUGACAUCUU